AUGGAAUGCAAUAAAGAAGAGGUCUUAAGAGCCAAAGUAAUUGCUGAAAAGAAGAUGGAAAGCAAGGAUUUCGCAGGUGCUCGAAGAAUUGCCCUUAAGGCUCAGCACCUAUAUCCUGAUUUGAAGAAUAUCACUCAAAUGCUUGUUGUUUGUGAUGUGCAUUGCUCAGCUGAGCAGAAAUUGUGUGGUGGCUUGAUAGACUGGUAUAAAAUACUUCAAGUUGAGGCGACAGCCGAUGAUGCAACAAUUAAGAAGCAAUACAGGAAACUUGCUCUUCAGCUUCAUCCUGACAAGAACAAGUUUGCUGGUGCAGAAGCUGCAUUUAAGCUGAUUGGGGAAGCUCAAACAGUGCUUUUGGAUAGAGGUAAACGAUCUUCGUUCCACAGGAAUCAAAUGAACAGAAAUGCAAUGCAGUAUCAUCAGCGGCAAAAAAAGUCUUGGCCACCAUCUCAGCAAACCAGUGACCGGCCCAAUUUCACAAACUUGAAUCCUCCUCCACAGCAACAACCAUCUAGGCCACCGUCUCAGCAGGGGGUUAAUGGCGGCCGACCGACUUUUGGUACCGUUUGCUGCUUCUGUUUGCAUAGAAAUCAGUAUUCCAGGGAAGUUUCAAUAAACCUCUUCACUGUCAACUUUGCAAUAAGCCCUUCAUGGCAUUUGAGGUGA